CGUGGCCGCGCCUCCUCGCGCGGGCUGGUGGCCGGCCGCGGCCAUGGGGGAAGCGGAGGUGGGCGGCGGCGCCGCGGGCGACAAGGGUCCGGGGGAGGCGGCGGCGAGCCCCGCGGAGGAGACGGUGGUGUGGAGCCCCGAGGUGGAGGUGUGCCUCUUCCACGCCAUGCUGGGCCACAAGCCCGUCGGUGUGAACCGGCACUUCCACAUGAUCUGCAUCCGGGACAAGUUCAGCCAGAACAUCGGGCGGCAGGUCCCCUCCAAGGUCAUCUGGGACCACCUGAGCACCAUGUACGACAUGCAGGCGCUGCACGAGUCUGAGAUUCUUCCAUUCCCGAAUCCAGAGAGGAACUUCGUCCUUCCGGAAGAGAUCAUUCACGAAGUCCGGGAAGGAAAGGUGAUCAUCGAGGAGGAGCUGAAGGAGGAGAUGAAGGAAGACGUGGACCCUCACAACGGGGCCGAUGACCUUUUCUCAUCUUCAGGAAGCUUGGGGAAAGCAGCUGAAAAACCCAGCAAAGAGAAAGACAGGAGCUGCUCUGACCCCGGGUCCAAGGAGGGGGCCGACAAGCGCAAGCGCAACCGCGUCACCGACAAGGUUCUGACGGCCAACAGCAACCCCUCGAGCCCCAGUGCCGCCAAGCGGCGGCGAACCUAGACCCAGGCCCGGGUCGGGGGGGGGUCAGGCCGGGCUCAGCCAAGGGCCGCCGGCGGGGCCAGAGGGCCUCCCUUAGCCGGAGCAGCCUGGGUUGCCGCUGUCCGCAGCCAUGGGGCCGAGGAGGUUUGUGGGGGCUGUCUUCUCGCGAGGACACAUUGCGUCCCUUGGGCUGCUGAUGAGGUGCUGCUGGGGUGAGCUGCCGGCCGCGUCAGGGCAGACUGCGCCAGCCCGCUGCACGCCGGAGGGCUGGGUGCUCCGAUGUCCAGGCCGGGCUGGACGCGGGGCCUGGAGCCAGCAACACAGACCUGUCAGCCGCUUUCUAAACCCAAAGGGCCACGAGAACGGGCCUUGAGUGCCACACCCGCCCGCCCCAGUGGCCCUCGCCCCUCGAGACGGACCCAGACACUCUGCCUUGCUUCGUUGGCUUGCACUGUAACUGUGUAUAUAAUUUGGUUGGUACUUCACUAUUUAAUUUUUUAGAAGACUAUUUUAUUAGUGUUUUAUAUGAAACAUAUUGCGGAAGUUAAACCUGUGUUGUAUUUUUCCUGGAGUGUUUUGUUUUAAGGUAAUGAAUACUGAGAUACUUUGUGCUCAGUUUUUAUAUGCCAGAUAUUGAGAAUUUGUAGCAGUUAUUUUUGUAUCAUCACAUAGCUUUCAGAGAGACCGAGUGAGUGAGGAGGCCACGUGCCGGCUGAGGAGGGAGGCAGCUGCAGUGUUUGUGGGAAGGGACUUCCACUUGGCUGCUGGAAACAUUAAAGCGCAAAAAAUGAA